CGAUGCUGGGCAUCGUGGAGCUGCUGCUGCUUGGGGCGGUGUGGCUGGCGGGCCCGGCCCGGGGGCAGAAUGAGACGGAGCCCAUCGUGCUGGAGGGCAAGUGCCUGGUGGUGUGCGACUCCAACCCGACGUCCGACCCCACGGGCACAGCGCUGGGCAUCUCUGUGCGCUCCGGCAGCGCCAAGGUGGCUUUCUCUGCCAUCAGAAGCACCAACCACGAGCCGUCCGAGAUGAGUAAUCGCACCAUGAUCAUCUACUUCGACCAGGUGCUGGUGAACAUCGGCAACAACUUCGAUUCGGAACGCAGCACUUUCAUCGCCCCGCGCAAAGGGAUCUACAGUUUCAACUUCCACGUGGUCAAAGUCUACAACAGACAGACCAUCCAGGUGAGCCUUAUGUUGAACGGGUGGCCGGUGAUCUCCGCUUUCGCUGGUGACCAGGACGUGACGCGGGAGGCCGCCAGCAACGGAGUCCUCAUCCAGAUGGAGAAAGGCGACAGAGCAUACCUCAAGCUGGAGCGGGGGAACUUGAUGGGGGGCUGGAAGUACUCCACCUUCUCCGGAUUCCUCGUGUUUCCCCUCUGACGGGCUCAUCUCCGACCCGGCAUGGAGACAGGGAGAGGGCCGGCAGGCAGGAGGGGGCAUGAGCCAGAGGCUGACUUGGAGAGGACCAGAACGCAGCAGGACCUGAAACCUCCCACACGUCCCCCCCACCGUAUCGGGGUGAAAAGUGGGCACUCAGAAGGGCGGACGAACACUCGUCCAUUCACUCAUUGGAAGGAAAUUCCACUUAAGCUCUGCACACUCCCAUUUCCAAAACUCAGCUCACCUCCCCCAUCCCAGCUGCAGUCAAGAAGGAAGAGACACAGCCUUGUCCUUGUUUCUUAUCCCAAGUUCGUGUUCCCUGCGAUUUAUAGAAAAGAAACUUUGUAUUUCACUGUGUAGUGUGAAAUAUCCCCCUCUGAGGUCCCCUGCUGACAUCUAACAUGCCCCUCCCCCGUUUUAGUCGACAGGGGGUAAGUUUCUCUUUUCUUUUUUUUUUUUUUUGAUGGGGGAGGCAGUUUUAAUUUGGCAAGUAUUGCUCUCCGUAAAAACACCGCUCAAGAGCUAAUUCGCUGAAGAUACUUUGUGUCCUUGGCUGCCUGCUAGCAGAGAAAGGACUCACCUUAGUGGUGACUGGUUUAAAAAAAUAUAUAUAUAUAAGAAAUAUAUAUCAUUUGUACACGAAGAACUCUCCCCAGUGGACACUGGCUGUAUUUCCGUGUUUCUAUGCCCUAUGCGGAGUGAUCGUGAAAUCCAAGGCUGCUCCAUGUCCUGACGCUUGUCCAACGCCCUCGUGUUCCGUGGCUCCAAUAACCACCGCCAGGAGGUCCUCUGUAACAUACGUGUGAAUAGCCAAGAUUUACAUUUGCUUCAAUCCAAUAAAGUUGGAGUGGGACUUUUAUUUAUUUAUUUUUUUCCUGAAACCGCUUUCUUCCCCAGCUGCGAGGUUGGAGGGCCCGGGUGCGAAAGGGCGAGCUUCCGAGUGGGGGAGACCGGCUAGCCUGCGACCCGAGCGCGAAGCCGCCGGGACUCCAGCCUUCGCCGGGCUUGGCGCCAGCGCCCCGCACUCUCCUGUGCUCCCCGCUUUGGCGCAGACGUAAGGAAUUUGACCGAAACCUCACUAGGCCGGGCGGGGUCGCCGGCCCGGAAGCGAAGUUUGGGGUUUUCAAAGUCCCCACGCAUCAGGGACAACCCCGGUUAGAGGAGCUGACGCCGGUGUGCGCGGAGCGGCGCGCUCCCCGCGCCUCUGCCCCCGGGUGCCUCCGCCGCGCGCUCCUCGGUCCCCGAAGCCGCGUUUUCGUCCCACCGCUCUGAAUCCCGGGUCUGCCCUCUGUAUUCCUCGAGCGCCCAGGAGUGGCGCUCCUCGCGGGACUUUUGAUCGAGAGGUUCGUCCCGGAGUGUUGAUUGUAUCGGAACAUAAUGU